GCCCGCCCGAAGCUUAUCUUGUCUUCUAUAGUGAAUAAAUGGGACGCUGGACAAGACGUCGGCAGUCUGGAUAUCCCUCUGUCUAAGUUGACUGACGUAUAGAGACGAUAUGGCACCAAACGCACCUGAUACUUAUCGAACCGUAAUCUCGGUCGAUCCGUUUGUUUCUGCUGAUCAGCAGAAAGGAUUGCAUAACCGCUGGCACCCGGACAUCCCGACCUUCGCCAAAGUCGUACCUGGUGAAGUCUUCAAAGUCGAAUGUGUCGACUGGACAGGAGGACAGAUUAAGAACGAUGAUAAUAGCGAUGAUAUGAAGAAUGUCGACCUGACUAAAAUUCACAACCUCUCUGGUCCUAUCGAGGUCGAGGGCACCGAACCUGGCGAUUGCCUCGUUGUAGAUAUUUUGGAUGUCCAACCGUUCGACCAGAUGCGUUGGGGUUAUACGGGUAUUUUCGAGCUGGAGAACGGUGGUGGUCUCUUUGCUCGUGAAUUCAACAGUAAAGCAUGCAAAGCGAUCUGGGAUUUCGAAGGAAUCUACGCCUCUUCCCGCCACAUCCCUGGUGUCCGUUUCGCUGGAAUCUCGCACCCCGGUCUUAUCGGUACCGCUCCAUCCCCGGAGCUCUUGGCCACUUGGAACAAACGUGAAGGCGAACUCAUUGCUGCUAAUGCUAAUUCCAUCCCCGCAGUCGCAUUUCCUCCUGAGCCGAAAGGCGCAUAUGUUGGAGCGAAGGACAGCUUGAGUGGGGAUGUGUUUGAGAAGAUCGCUAAAGAGGGAGCGAGGACCAUUCCUGGUAGAGAGCAUGGGGGUAAUUGCGAUAUCAAGAACCUCUCGAAGGGAUCACGUUGCUAUUUCCCAGUCUUUGUAAAGGGCGCAAAACUGUCUGUUGGUGAUCUCCACUUCUCCCAAGGAGACGGCGAGAUGACCUUCUGCGGAGCGAUCGAGAUGGCGGGCAUCAUCACUUUCAAGACUAGUAUCAUCAAAGGCGGAGUGGAGAAGUUCGCUCUCAAGCAACCUAUCUUCUUGCCCUCCCCCAUCGAUCCACUCUAUUCUGCAAAGCUCGUUUUUGAAGGCAUAAGCGUUGAUCUUCAUGGCGACGGCAAGCAAUACGACAUGGACACUACUGUCGCCUACAAGCAGGCAGCGUUGAACGCUAUUGCGUACUUGAUGAAGAUCGGAUACACUCGCGAACAAUGCUAUCUACUACUCUCAGCAGCACCAGUAGAAAGUCACGUUGGAGCUGUCGUGGAUUCACCCAACGCAUGUGUAACUCUUGCCUUGCCACUUGGAAUCUUCGAACAUGACAUUUUGCCGAAGCCAGAAGGCUUGGAGAAGAAAGACUUUGGCCAAUGCGCAAUCCGCAGCGACGGUGUUGUCUGAGCACUGUGGCCUGAAAUACUGUCAAACGAAUUUUAUCAUUUCCUUAUUUUGUAUCUGUAUUCUGUUGUAUAGUUAACAUGGUCAUUGAGGCCAUGGCUGCAAUCGUGAAUGAAACCAACGUUCAAUGAAUCACGUCAAAGGAA